AUGCAUUGGACCUGUUUAGUGUUAGGAGUUAUUCUUAUUUUAACUGCCAUUGAUUUAGAUUCAGCAUCUAAACAUCAUCGAAAUCGUGGCGGUAAAGAUGAUCAAGAAUCAUUACUUGAUAAACAUGAACGUGAAAAAGAGAAAAAAGAUCGAAAAAAAGAUGAAGAAACUAAAAAAGAAGAAAAUCGAAAUAUAACAUGUUAUAAAUGUGAUGGUGACCUUUGUCGAGAUCCAUUACAAACAGGAUAUGCCAUACCAACAGUACAAUGUGAACAUAGCUGUUGGAAAGGUGUUUUUGUUUCAAGUGUUCGUCGAUCAUGUGGCAAUAAACGUUGUGGAUUAUCAUUUCAAGGAAGUUCAGCUAUAAGCAAUACAUGUUGUCAAACACCACUUUGUAAUAAAACUUCAAUGAAAAUACCAUCAAUUAUUUAUUUGUCAAAUGAAUAUUUUCCACAAGAUGAUGAAUUUGGUGAUGAAAUAAUGAAUAUGUCGAAAAGUUUACAUAUGAAUUCACCUGAAGGUAAAAUGUAUGAUAGUGAUAUAAAUAAUGAAAAUAAACGAUUACAAAGAAAAUUAUUAAUUGAACAAUUACAUUCGCAACUUAUUCAUAAUCAAUUACAACGAACACAACCAAGAGAUUAUCUACGUAUAUUACAUCAAUCAAAUACACCAGCAUAUUGGUAUAAAACACCUACACCCUCACGUUCGGUUUAUUUUUAUGAUCGAAAUUAUCAAAAACAAAUUCAACAACCAGUUACUACAAUUGAAAAACCAAAAGUUAAUGUUAAACCUGUUCAAUCAAAAUCAAUACAAACUCCAAGAAGUUCUAGUAAAUAUUCAAGUUUUGUUCAGAAAAGUUCUCUCUCAAUGUCACCUCGUCCAAAACAGACGAUAGAUACACAUCGUAUUACUACUACGAAAUCUUUUCCAUUAAAACAAAGUUCAUGUGAACAUUAUCAUCCACCAUCGCCAAAUUUUUCUCAACGAUAUCCUUCUGCUCAAUCACGAUUCUCAACAUUACUACCUAUUAAUAUUAUUAAACAAGAAUAUAAUUUAUUAAAUAUAAAUGAAAAUGAAAUUUCAAAUCAUCAACCAAUUAUUAAUGAAUCAAGAAAAACAUUAAAUCCAAUCGUUGUACCUUCAGCUUCAUAA